AUGGGGUUUGAUGUUGAUUGUUUUCCUUUGGGAGUUAACCCGUUUGAUACUGAUUUGGUGUAUAUAUGGAGUAGAGAACACAGUUGCGUGGCGUCGGUUGACUUGAGGACACAAGAGUUUACUCUAUAUCAGGAAAGGGAGACUUGGAGUGAUUGCUGGCGCGUAAACACGUUAGGUACUAAGGAACAUAUGGAACCUAUAUAUGAUCCAGCUUCGGUGAUCACGUUAUCACAAUUCGUGCUCCCACAGUGGAUGGAUCCCGUACCCCGCCCACCAAAUUGA